GAUAGUCUGUGGUGCUGUCGGAGGAAAGUGGUUUCGUUCGGGUUGUUAUGGCUGUUUGACUUGUUUGACAGUCAUCAGAAUUUCAGUGACUUUUUCCAGUUUAAAUUUUAAAUCAUUUCAUUUACGUUUUCAAUUAAAACUCUACAGUCGUUAGUGCUUAAGGAUACUUUGAAAUUUUUGUAAAAUUUGUCUUUUAUCUACAAAUUACGUCCUGUCAUUCAAGUUGACUUGUGGUAUUUUUAUAAAUGCUAAUCCAAAAUAUUUUGAUGAUUUCGUGUUAUUGGUAGAGUUAACAAAAAAGAAGUGAACCAAAAGAAAAUCUUUGAAAAUUUUAGAAAUGGGCAGUGUUAGACGCAGCCUUGUCACAGCUGGAAGAUAUGCUGUAGCUGCUAGGAUUUCAAAAUUACAACAUGGAGUAUUGUCUACGAUCUAUACCCCUGGUGUGCCACACAGUAAAGGAAUAUCCACUAGUAUUAUAGUUUUAAAAACCGCUGGUUCCGGAGACCCACCAUCUGGCUACAACCCACCAUCUCCUCCGUCCAAAGAUGGCAGCGGCGGUAACGGCAAAAAUAAAAACACUUUGUCGUGUCCUAAAUGCGGAGAUCCAUGUACUCAUGUGGAGACUUUCGUCAGUUCUACGAGGUUCGUUAAAUGCGAGAAAUGCCAUCAUUUCUUCGUCGUUUUAAGCGAAGUAGAUAGCAAAAAAAAGGAAGGGGUCGACGCCAAAAGUGGUCAGUACAAGAAACCUCCACCUCAUCCAAAGAAGAUAUACGAUUACUUAAACAAGCACGUGGUCGGACAAGAACAUGCUAAAAAGAUAUUAUCCGUAGCAGUCUACAACCACUAUAAAAGAAUAUACAAUAAUAGUCCUACACAAUCAAAUAUCAGGCAAGACAUGGCUGUAAUGGAGCAAGGACCCCAUAGCGUUACUCAUAGAGAUCAACCCCACAUAACAGGUUUAGGUAAUGCUUCACUAGGUCUGAACUUGGGAGGUACCUUUGAAUCAACUCCACCGGCAGGAGCCAAAGCGGGACAGGGCUCGGAUAUUCUGGAAAGGACUACACAUGAACUGAAGUUAGAGAAAAGCAAUAUACUCUUGUUGGGACCCACAGGAUCAGGUAAAACACUUCUUGCUCAAACCAUAGCUCAGUGCCUAGAUGUGCCUUUUGCCAUAUGUGAUUGUACUACCUUAACACAAGCAGGAUACGUAGGCGAAGACAUCGAAAGUGUCAUCGGGAAGUUGCUGCAAGAUGCCGGAUACAGCGUGGAAAGGGCACAAGUCGGCAUUGUGUUCCUCGACGAAGUUGAUAAGAUCGGAGCAGUACCUGGCAUUCACCAACUGAGGGAUGUAGGAGGUGAAGGAGUUCAACAAGGUAUGCUUAAAAUGCUCGAAGGUACCAUAGUUAAUGUCCCCGAACGGAACUCACCCAGGAAACUAAGAGGAGAAACUAUUCAAGUUGACACAACCAAUAUAUUAUUUGUAGCCAGUGGUGCCUACAACGGUUUGGAAAGAGUAAUCCAAAGGAGAAAUAAUGAGAAUUACUUAGGAUUUGGGGCACCAAUUUCUUCCAGUAAAGGUAGGAGAGCUGUAGCUCAAGAAGCGACAAUGCAUCAGUCUUCCCAAUCAGCUGCAGAAGAAAAUAGCGAAAAAGAUGUAGCCUUAAGACAAGUACAAGCAAGGGAUCUCAUGGAUUUUGGAAUGAUACCUGAAUUUGUAGGAAGAUUUCCCGUCUUAGUUCCUUUCCACUCCUUAGACCAGACUAUGUUGGUAAGGAUAUUGACUGAGCCAAAGAAUGCUUUGAUUCUACAGUACAAACGAUUGCUAUCGAUGGACAGUUGUGACUUGAUAUUUACACCAGAAGCUUUGAACGCCAUUGCCCACUUGGCAAUGGAAAGAAAAACGGGAGCUAGAGGAUUGAGGGCAAUAAUGGAAUCUCUUCUUUUGGAACCGAUGUUCGAAAUACCUGGUUCUAACAUCUCAGAAGUUCACAUCACAGAAGACUAUGUGAAAGGAAAGGGCAAACCAUCUUAUAUUAAAAAUCAAGUACAAACUGAAGAAGGCGAGUUCAAUACGUCUAUCAGAGUAAAACAAUGAGAUUGACUUUACUGUAAUUAACUGAUUGGGUAAUUGUCGCACUAGAGAUGGUCUACGAAAGUUCGUUAUUUAUAGUAUAUUGUUUUAUUUGUAUAUUCAAUGGUUUUGACUGUAUCUUUAGUUGAAUUAUUAAAUAAUGUAUAGAUUAACAUCCGAGGAAAAUACUUUUUGGCGACUAUAGUUUCCUCUGUAUCUUUCGUAGAUUAGCUAGUAAUGUUUGUUUUUAAGAUUAGAAGAAUUGUUAUUCGAUAAAAAAUAGAUUAUAUUUUU